AUGACGCUCGUCGGUUUCCGAAAAAGAGAUACCGGGGCCUUCACGGGUCUCGAAGCGGCUGAGCGCCAGAGGGCGGCCCAAAGCGUGGGGGAUGAGCCGGGAGGGGCAUUAAAGGGGGCCGCAGGGGGUCCCGGGGGGCUGGUUCACUUGGCCAUCCUCCGGGGGAAAGGACGGCGGCCAGGAGAGUUCCCAGGGGCUUCGGAGGCGAUGGUGACCACCACGGAGAGCUCUGAGCCAGGAGGGGUGAGAAAGAUGCUGAAGCCCUUGGUGGAGAAGCGCCGUCGCGACCGCAUCAACAGGAGCCUGGAGGAAUUGAGGCUUCUCCUCCUGCAGAGGACACACUGCCAGAUGCUGAAGAAUCCGAAAGUGGAGAAGGCAGAGAUACUGGAGGUUGCCGUAGGGUACCUGCGGGAGAUGAACUCUGCUAAACCCCAGGGAGCUGAGCUCUCCAAAGACGGAACCCUGCAGACCUGCUACAUGAUGGGGUUUCAGGAAUGUCUCCUUGGCCUGGCGGCCUUCAUCCAACAAGCCCACCCUUCGGUCCAGAGCCACCUGUUGGAUACCUUGCACCUCUACCUGGCUUCCAAGCCGGAACCCCACAACCAAGACUGGGGCCUUGCUGCCUUCUCUCCGAGUCCUUCUUUGGAGGAGUCGCCUCCGAGGACUCCCGAGGCCUUUGGCUCACCCUUGAAGACGUUGAGCGAACCGUUACAGAAUCCGGACCCCCCUUGCUCCAGCACAGGACAACUCGGGAGCCAACGGAGAGACACCCACGACAGCCCCACCACGGCCAAACGGAUCGCCCCACCGGCGGCUUUCUGGCGGCCUUGGCCCUAG